AUGUCAGCGCGCAGAGGCGCUGACCUCACCGCGCGGCCCCCGGAGGCGAUUGGCGGCCGCGGGGAGCGCCCGCGGAUUGGCGGCGCCGAACAAUGGGCGCGGGCGCGGAGCGGGGCGCACGCCCCGCGCGGUCCGGCCCGGAGCCGCACGACGGCGGCACUGACGGGGCGGCGGCCCCGCGCCCCGCGGCUCCUCCGCGCCCUGCGCCCCGGGCGGCCGCGGGACCCUCUGCCCCGCCCGCCGCGCUGCGCCUCGGCCCUGUGCGCGCAGGAGCGGCGGCAUCGUUUCGGCGUGCCGCUGGCAGGUGCCCGCGGGCGGGCUCGGCGGGACAGUUCCGGCGCCGCGCAGAGGAGCGUCUCCGCGGCGGACGGGAGGGGGCUGCGCGGCGGACGCCGGCUCGACGCUGCGCACCCGCGGAGCAGUUCCCUGCUGAGGCCCGUGUGCGGAAGAGCCAUCCCAACGGACCCGAACAGAACCGACCGCAUCGUCGGGGCGGCCGUCCCGGGCAGCAGCCCUCCUGGUCACAGCCUCUACUACCCCUUUGAGGACCCCAAGUGUCGAAAGCAAGCUCUUAAAUUUGUACAACAGCUGUGGGGGAAAGGAGGCUGGGUGGCAUUUGAAGCACCCAUGUCAGCAGGGAUGCACGUCACCAAGGGAUUUUGGUAUCUCUGCCUUCCCCUGUGUGUGCGAAGGUGCAAAGGUUUGGGUGAUGGGAACCUCUACAGCACCGUGGGGCACCACAGGUCCAUGCCUGGGCACCUGGCAGACAAGAGGGUGCAGAACGGUGACUUCAGUCUGAGCCAGAAUUCAGAGUCCUGGGCUGUAAUCCGCAUCAAGCCAGUUUCAAUAAGGAUUUGUGCAUCUGAAGUGUUGGCUGUAACCCUUUGCGGAAGCAGCGCGGGGGAGCCGCGCAAAGGCGGCCGCAGGAGGCUGGCGCCGGCGUCGGUGCUGCGGAGGUCCCAGAGCACCUUGGUGGUGGCAGAACACAACAAUGAGUCCCUCACACCCAUCACCCUCAACACCAUCACUGCAGCAAAGUGCUUGGGAGGGGAGGUUUCCUGCCUGGUGGCUGGUACCAGCUGUGACAAGGUAGCAUCAGAACUCAGCAAAGUGCAGGGUGUUGCAAAAGUUCUCGUGGCUCAGCAUGAUGUGUACAAGGGAUUUCUAGCAGAGGAGCUGACUCCGUUGAUUGUGGAAACUCAUAAAAAAUUUAAUUACACCCACAUUUGUGCCGGAGCAUCUGCCUUUGGGAAGAAUCUUAUUCCCAGAGUGGCUGGCAAGCUUGAUGUUGCCCCUGUUUCUGACAUUAUUGAAAUUAAGUCCCCAGAUACUUUUGUGAGAACUAUCUAUGCAGGAAAUAUUAUUUGCACAGUGCAGUGUGAUGAAGCAAUCAAAGUGUUUACUGUACGGGGAACGUCAUUUGAGGCUGCUCCAGUGAGUGGUGGUAAUGCCAGUGUAGAAAAGUUGACCCCCCCGCCACCCGUGGGUAUCUCCGAGUGGAUUGAGCAGAAGCUGACGAAGAGCGACCGGCCGGAGCUCACCAGUGCCAGGGUGGUUGUGUCAGGGGGAAGGGGCUUGAAGAGUGGUGAAAAUUUUAAGUUGCUGUAUGACCUUGCAGAUCAAUUGCAUGCUGCAGUUGGAGCUUCCCGUGCAGCUGUUGAUGCUGGCUUUGUUCCUAAUGACAUGCAAAUCGGACAGACGGGCAAAAUAGUAGCGCCAGAACUUUACAUUGCUGUGGGAAUAUCUGGAGCAAUCCAACACUUGGCCGGAAUGAAAGACAGCAAGACCAUUGUUGCUAUUAACAAGGACCCAGAAGCUCCAAUUUUCCAAGUGGCAGACUAUGGACUGGUAGCAGACUUAUUUCAGGCGGUGCCAGAGAUGACGAAGCUCCUGAAGAAGAAGUGAGUGCUGGUGACGGGACCUGGCACUGUGGAGUAAGAGCAAAUAAAGGAUUUUACUGGAAAGAGG